UCAAAAUCCCCAAAUGAAUUUGGUACUGGGAACAAAAUCAAAAUCCUGUUCAUCUUUUCCCUCUCUCGUCUCCUGAAACAUUGGAGAUAUUUUCUCUGUUUUUUUUUUUCUAUAUAAAACCUUCGAACUAAGUUUCAAAUCAUCCUAAAGGUUCUUCUUUCAGAUCAGAACUCAUAACCCACUGAGGAAGUCUUUUCAGGGGGAAAAAUGUCGGCAUACGACAAUAUAAUGGGUGGGAAGCUGAAGCUCAAGGGAAAAGCUUUAGAUGUUAAGGCUGGUGGAAUCAAGAAGAAAAAGAAACAUAGGAAGCAUCAAGAUCAAAUUACUGAAGCUACCCAGAAUGACCUCUCUGCUGUUGGAAGCGCAGAAGUAUCUGUUGAUCCCACUGAGGAAGAUAUCAAUGAUGCUGACAAGUCAAGUGGGGAGGGGAAGGCUCCUCACUAUGAUGAUCAUCUCACACCGGCAGAGAGAAGAUACAUUGAGCAGAGGGAGCAACUUGAUGUGCACAGGUUGGCCAAGGAAGCUAACAAAUCUCACCGUGACAGAAUUCAAGACUUCAACCAGUAUCUGGCAAACAUGAGUGAGCAUUAUGACAUUCCUAAAGUUGGCCCUGGUUAAUUCCGGCUACAUCAAGGAGAUCACCCCAGUGUUUCCCGUUGGGACUUGUGGGUGUUACGUACCAAAGUUAAAAUUGCUUUGAACAACAGAGUAACUGCUUUGUUUUAUGGAGUUUGCUGAUGGUGUAUCGCAGAUUAUGCAUUUAAUUUGUAGCUCUGCUAUAUUCGAGCAUUGUCACAACUUAUUGAGAAACAUCCUUUAUAGUGGCUAUAUGUUUGAUGAGUGCUUCCUUCUCUGUA